ACGUGAACCUAUAACAAUAAAUAUUCAACGAUGAGGAAGGUUCUCACUCAACGAUCUAUUACUCUUCCCACUUCCACACAGGCAGUGCAUCUACAUUAGAAUUUACAUUUGUAUGUAAAUUGCCAUGUUUUAGGAGAUGAUGUCGCAUUUCAGUCAAUUAAAAAAAUAGGUACGUAAACAUAGUAGAAAAAAAACAAAUCCACCGUUUAACCGUUACUUCUUAAACUACGAGUUUUCGAAAAGUUUUGAACGCGUAAGCAUAAUUAUAGUGUGCUAGUUAAGUUAGGCCUACCUAGUUAGCCUUCACAUCGGAAAUAAAUCGCAUAGGCUUAGUGUAUUAGGUACCUUACAUAUAUUUUUAUUGCGCAAGUUAUGCACACAAUUGGAUAAAUACUCGAAUCAUUUUUGAAAUAAACUCGCGUACUAACUCAAUUAUGACGGUUCACAUUUUGCUCUUUUGUGCGGUGAUAUUUUUCGGAAACUUUGCGAAUGGAGUCGAAUUACAAACGAAACAAGGCAUUUUAAAAGGUCAACUUGAGAAGAGCAGAGAUGGACGGAUGUUUUAUUCUUUUUAUGGAAUCCCUUACGCAGAACCACCUGUGGGAGAGUUACGAUUCAAGGAUCCAGUUCCAGCCAAACCAUGGAAAGGGGUACGAGACGGUUCCAUUCUUCCAUCGCCCUGUUUACAAUACUACAUCUUACCAGAAAUUCGAGGAAGCGAAGAUUGUCUUUAUCUGAAUCUCUAUACGCCAAAGCUUACAAAUGAAACUUUACUUCCUGUGAUGGUUUAUAUGCACGGUAGUCGUUUCUUGUACCGCGAUGCUCUACCAGAUAAAUACGGUCCUCACUACUUCAUGGACAAAGAUGUGGUACUAAUCAUAUUUCAUUAUCGACUGGGAAGUCUAGGUUUUCUUAGCACCGAAGAUGAAAUAAUACCGGGAAAUUAUGGAUUAAAAGAUACAGUGGAGGUGCUCCGAUGGGUACAAAAUCACAUCGAAGAUUUCGGCGGUGAUAAAAAUAGAGUAACGUUAUUCGGGGCCAGCAGUGCUGCUACAAGUGUUUCAAUGACAUUACUUUCCCCACUGGCAAAAGGUCUAAUUCAUCGUCUCAUUACUCAAAGUGGACAUCCUUUCGAUUUAGAAAGACCUGGUAAAGCCAGAGUGAAUGCUUGGAAACUCGCUUCCCUGGUAGGUUGUGAUGGAGAUGAAGUUAAAACCUCCCAAGAUCUGUUAAACUGUCUGAAAAAACUUCCAGCUGAAAAAUUCGUAUCUUAUGAUUCUUUAUUUUUUAGCACUGGAGGACUUUUACCUGCAUUUCCAUGGGGUCCGGUUAUUGAAAAUGAAAAAGUACCCGGAGCUUUUUUGGUUGACGAACCUGCCAAGUUAAUAGAACGACAAUCGAAUAUACCUUGGAUGAUGGGUAUAAAUUCAGAUGAAGGAGGCGAGGUAGCAAUAAAUGCGUACCAUCGAAAAUAUGGUCCACCUUUAGCGGAUGAGUUGGAUAGAGAAUAUAAAAGGGUCUUUCCAUUAAUGUUCCGUUAUAUAUACCAUGUUAAAGACCCUGAACAACUCGACAAUGUGACAGAAACUUACAAAAAAUAUUUUUUCGGGGAUAAAAAGAUUAGUGAAGAUAUUCACGGUUUUGCUAAGAUGUUCACAACGUUAAUCUACGUGACUGGACUGAAACAAAAUGUCAAGCUAUACAAGGGGCCAAAAUACGUUUAUUAUUACAAUUACAAAGCUAAGGAAUCAUUCACAAAAACGCUCGAGGUUGAAGGUCAUCCUUAUAUGGGUAUUAUUCAUGGUGACGAACUUUUAACCCUUUAUAAUUGGUCCUCUGUCAUCACACCGGUAACCGAGGGCGUUGAUCUGGCGGUUUCCAAACAAAUGGUUGAUUUUUGGACUAAUUUUGCAGCUGCAGGGAACCCAAACGAUAAAGAAAAAACCAUAUGGAAGCCAGUCGAUUCGCAGGAUAUAAAUUAUCUGCAUAUUAAAGAUGGCAAAUUUGAAAUGAGGGAUAAGUUACUGAAAGAAGAAUACGAAUUUCUCGAGAGUGUUCCUGUUGAUGGUUAUUUUUAAAUGUCAUGCACUAAACAUUAUGUAUCUCCAUUUCAACUGUGAUUUAUUACAUAUUUUUGUACUUAA